AUGCUGAAGCUCUUCGUGUUUUUGGCUGUUAGCCUGCAGACCCGCGCCCUGUUCGACCCGUCGACUUGCGGCAGUGGAAAAACUUGCCUGAUGAUUCCGGCAAAUUGCACAACAAAUUGUCAACAAGGACUGUCGUACAAGCGAGUAUCAGCCUCAUACUUGGAAAUCGAACUUUUCUCCAAUAACCUCCCGAACACUGCCACCUACGAUUCCUACAUGGCCAUCGGGUUCCAGCCAGAGGCUUGUGCGGAGAUUGAGUCUGACUCAAAGACGCCGUGCAUGGCUUCGGCCCCGGUCAUCGAGUGCUCGGCCCUGAACGGCCAGCUGAUGGCCCCAGCCGUGUCGUGGAACACCGCCGACCCGCAGAACGUUCGAAUCGACAAUGCUGCUGAGCUCGCCAAGGCUGUCGGCCUGACAAUGUCCGCUUUGGAGAGCAAUAACGGCCAGACCUAUUGCAAGCUGAUGCAACGAAUUACGGGAGCUCCCCUGAAUGGUGUUGCUAAUGCAGAUAAGGUCUUCCAAAACGACCCGACCGUCUCCUACGGCAUCCUGAUGGCUACUGGCGCUACGAAUGGAUCUGUCCUCACCCACCACCCCCACCCGAACGCCAUGGUCGCCCCCGGGCGCGUCAAAUUC